GCUGGCCAGUCCACAAAGCAGCAGGGAGAUGAUGACGCUCCCGAGCAGGGCAACAAUGUCGAUGGCGAGUGCAACCAGGCCCCAAGCGACCACAUAUAUGAGGGUGAGGCCGGCAACCAGGAGGAUGACCAGCGCGUCGACUUGGAUGGCCUUGUCCAGGUCUUCACGGUCGCAGGUCCCUGCCUCGCGAGCGUGAAGCUUAGGCAGAAGUUCUCUCUGUUGAACAAGGUCCCAGCAAGCAAGCUCAAGAAAAAGACCGCGUGCGCUGUAUGCGGAGAUAUUGAGCACUGGAAAGGCGAUCCUCAGUGUAAAGUGUCUGGAGCCACCGCGGCAUCGUCGACAACCGCUUCGAGUCCAUCCACUGCUCCCAAGAAAGGAGGCAAGGGUGACAAGCCACAUCAGACGUUUACAGUCAUGCGCAGUGACCUCGGUAACUAUGAAGUACGAUCAGCUUACGGCGCCGCCUUUGCAGAGCACCAGCCCGGCGGCUAG